AUGCACUCCCCGCGGGCGCCUGUCGCCGCCUGGCCCGAGGCGCCGCGCUCCCCGAUCAGCCUCACCUCCACCAAUGCCCUGGUCCCCGGGUCGCCGCUGUUCAGUUCGACCCCCUCGGCGCUCGUCCCGACGCCCGGGCACCGCGGCUGCCUGCUGGUGGUGUCCAUCUGUUCGCCGGCCGCCAGCGGGACAUCCACCCCGGAGAAGGACGCCGAUGGCUACUUUGAUGAUGCCUUUGCCGGGCGGCCAUCCUGCCUCUUCCGCUACACCCUGACUCAGGAGGAUGUAGACCGGGCGACCGGGGCCCUCCCCGUCGCGGCGGAGGCGGCGGCGGCGGCGGCGGCGCCCCCCAUGCCCGGGCUGGCGGCCGGCCCCGGGCUCCUGCCCCCGGCACCCGGGGGGACAUCCCACGGCCCGUCGGACAUCGUCCUGGAGGCCGAGCGCCUGCACCUGGUCCACCGGGUCCCCUUCGAUCGGGCAGCCUUCGAGCAGGCGGUCCAGCAGAAGCUCAACCUCAUUUCGGCCCACUACGACUCCAUCCAGAACAUCUUCUCCUCCAGCUCCCUCUUCGACGAGUGGGAGUCCUCCGAGGGCAAGCUCGCUCCCGGGGAUGUGGUCAUCGAGAUGGAGGAGGAUUUCCUCGAGCAGGACUCCGACAGCGAGGGCCCUCCCCCGGCGCCGCGCGUGACCACCCUUCGCGGGGUGACCGCGCGCCUGGCCGGCGAGGAGGCCCUCCGGCGGUACAUCGAUCUGCUGGACGUGGAAAACGAAAAACGCCGGUCCAGCAUCGCCGCCUUCCUCGGCAAGCUGCCCUUCAUGCUUGGGUCCUUCACAAUGAGCUACAUCCUGUCACGUAUUGUCAACAAGCUCAUCGACCACGCGAUCCUCUUCGCCCGGUCCCCCCAGGCGGCGGAGCUCCUGCAGCAGGGCGUCCUCGUUGCCACGCGUCUGUCGGAGUCCCUGAUGCGCAGCCUCUCCAGCGUCCGACUGCUUGGUGCCUCAUAGCAGCCUGCCCACUCCUGUCCUUCCUCCCUCCUUGUAGACAUCCUGCGCGCCCUCCCCCCUCCCCGCAGCCCGGAGGCCCGACCAGAGCAUGCCAUCAGUUCCCUUGCGAGUCGCGCGCCUCCCCCCCCCCUUCUCUUGACAAAUACACGUGCAGUGACCA